AUGAUCAUGGAUAAUAAUCACCACCUUAAUCUUCAGCAUCAGCCAGGCUCACCGCCUGUGCCAUCGCCACAGCGUGCUGACUUAUGUAUCUCCUCAACGCCACCCAAUGGGCCUAAUAGCCCGCUAUCUAGUCAAAAUAAUAACAACAACGAAAUACAAAUUACACCUCCAGGUACAACCACAAACUUGAGUAAUGGAAAAGCCACCUUAAAACGUUCGUUUGAUGUCGCUUUCCUGAUGAUGCCUGACGAGCGAAUUAAACAGAAACAGAAUGAGAAACAAGCUCGUAUUUCUGAUUGCACUGAGCACCUUCAACACCCAACGGAUUUAUCUCCCCGCACCAUACAACAUUCGCCGCCGCAAAAUCAUCAACGACAGUCACAGCAACCAACACAACAGCCCUUUAUCGAUCCGAUAGAAACGGUUUUUAACAUCCACGAGGCACGGCGGUAUCCGCAGAUUAGCAUCCGUUCACCACGCAUUUACGAUGACCCGUCAUUGGUAAUUCCCCUUGGUACCGAAUCGACUGACUGCUUGCCUUUAAAGAGCGCUUUCACUAAGGUGUGCUCUAUGCGGCUGGAAUCGCCUGUUCAGCCAGCGCCACCAUUAAGUCCCGAUCAAUUGAGCUGUUCAUCAAUGAGUCCACCUAUACCUACCACUCCCCCCCGUACUAAUAGCGGCGGUAAUGGAAGCCUGUCAAAUGGCAGUAGCGGCAGUUCGGCGCCAUGUCUCAACCCAAAUAUAUUAUACCAGAACUUCCGGCCAGAGUAUCAAUUUAAUGGAGCAUUUCAGUCUGUCAGCCAUGUUCACAUGCUUCAGGCACAACGCCUAAAACAACAGCUGCUCUAUCGUUCACCACUGAAUCCCGCGGCAGCUGCAGCUCUUGCAGCUAGUAGCUCUUCUGCACCGCCCACAAAUGGAAAUCCCCACACAGGCGGCCCACCCCCCGAAUUUCUUCACGGCUAUCCAUCAUUUCCAUUUCCAAGCGGCUCGACGCAUCCAUUCGCUGCUGUUACACCGCCGGAAUUGCCUCGAAUAGCUCAAAAUCCUGCAGCUGCCGCGAUUCUCACCACGCUUAUACCACCGACGCUUGCUUCGACAUUUUCUUUGACUGCUCAAAAUGUUUGUGCUAAAUGUAACAUAAGCUUUCGUAUGACAAGCGAUCUUGUCUAUCACAUGCGCUCUCAUCACAAAAGUGAAGUUGCCUGCGACCCAAAUCGGCGUAAGCGUGAGGAAAAAUUACGCUGCCCUGUUUGCCAGGAGACAUUCCGCGAACGGCAUCAUCUCACACGCCACAUGACUGCUCACCAAGAUAAAGAGAGUGACCAGGUGACGCCAAACGGCCCAGUUGCAGGUGAUGGUGCGGCAAGACACAAUAAUUUGAGUGGUAACGAGAGUGGACGUUACCAAUCAGCACGUGUUCCAGGUGUCAGUAAAUGA